AUGAGGUAUCUGCUCCGGACAGGAGCUGUGCGAGCUCCUCUUAUUCCUUUGUCCAUUUCAACGAGGUCGCUUUCUACGACACCUCGACUUGAGAGACAACCGACAAAAGGCAAGCCUAACCCUAAGAAAUUCUUAGGGAAGAAAUUAGGUGGUUCAAGAGGUGGCUUAUUGGGCCAGGGCCAAGAUCCAGCAUCAAGACUAAGACUUACCAAUGGCAACAAUGCUAAUGGUCGCCAUGGCAUGUUCCGAUCAACUUGUUUUGCGAGGUUCCAAAAAGUGCUUGAAAACAUAAGCAACACGACAGUGUCUAUUGCGGGUGUCGGGGAGGAUGAGUUUCAUCGACAAGGUCAUGAGUUUAUGAAUGUGAUUGACGGAGCUUUCGAUCUGGCUGAGCAGAAUGUUACGGACCGCGCCAAAAAUCCUUUAUUCUGGAAUCUCCGUGAUGCAUUCCUUCAUAAAGAUCUUAAAGGUCUUACCAGCGAACUUCAGUACUCCUUCCAGUCAUUCAUGAUGAAACAGAAACUCUCAAAGGGUCUGGAAGAAAGUCAUAAGCGAUUACUGGACUUUCGAUUUCCCUACGAAUGGUUCCCUGCGACCAGAGCGAUGCAGCGAACAAUUCAUGUUCACGUUGGACCGACAAAUUCUGGCAAGACGUACAGAGCGCUUAAGGCUCUGGAGAAUUCAAAGCGUGGAGUCUAUGCUGGACCCUUGCGUCUGUUGGCGAACGAGGUCUACCAGCGUUUAAUAGCCAAGGGUCUGCCAUGCGCGCUGCUAACAGGAGAGGAAGUACGGGUACCCUCAGAUACGGAUACGUACUUUACCAGCUGUACGGUCGAAAUGGUUCCUGUGAACGAACAAUACGAUGUAGCCGUCAUUGAUGAGAUCCAAAUGAUUGCAGAUGAAGACAGAGGACAAGGUUGGGCGACAGCUUUGUUGGGUGUUCAAGCCAAGGAGGUCCAUCUUUGUGGUGAGGAGCGAACUGUUAAGUUGAUUGAGAAAAUCUGCGCAUCUAUUGGCGACAAGUGUAUCGUGCAUCGAUACGAACGUCUGAGUCCCCUGGAAGCCAUGAACGAUUCUCUCCACGGCGAUUACGGCAAACUUGAGAAGGGCGACGCUGUUGUUGCUUUUAGUCGCAUGAACCUCCACGCCCUGAAGCGAACGAUUGAGGCUAAGACAGGACGACGAUGUGCCAUCAUUUACGGAUCUUUGCCCCCCGAGGUGCGCGUUCAGCAGGCAGCUCUAUUCAACGACCCCGAUAACGACUACGACUUUAUUGUGGCCAGUGACGCUAUUGGUAUGGGUCUGAAUCUCGAGAUUCGACGAGUUAUUCUCGAGACAGUUGCCAAGUACGACGGUAGCCAGAACAGAAUGCUCUCGUACCCCGAGCUGAAGCAGAUUGGUGGUCGAGCAGGUAGAUACAAGACUGCUCGUAAUGCCACUGAGGGAACAGAUGACACAGUCACAGAGAUACGCAAGGUUGGCUACGUCACAACCAUGGAUAGCCCAGAUCUCAAGUUGGUCCAUCAGGCUUUCAAAGCUGAUGUUGAUGAUAUCGAGUAUGCCUACAUCACGCCCCCCGCUGCUGUUGUUGAGCGUUUCUCAACAUACUUCCCCAAGGAGACGCCCCUGUCGUUCAUUCUUAUGCGAAUUCGAGAGUUGGCAUCUGUGAGCAAUAUGUUCAGACUUCAUGUGCCUGCUGAAAAGCUCGAGGUUGCCGACCACAUUCAAGAUAUCCCCUUGACUAUCUACGAUCGACUCACCUUUACCAACCUGCCCAUUGCCACACGCGCUCAGAAUGCAGUACCGGUUCUUCGUGCACUCGCCAACAUCGUUGCCAAGAAUGGCAGCGGUGAACUUCUCGACAUCAAGGAAAUUCCCAUCGAGAAUCUGGACAUUGACUUGAAGACCUUUAAGGGAACAUCCAUGGAAUAUCUCCACAGACUCGAAUCCCUCCACCAAGCCAUCAACCAGUACAUUUGGCUGUCGUAUCGUUUCAGCGGCAUGUUCCGAGACCAAUCUUUGGCGUUCCACGUCCGAUCGCUCGUCGAGGAGAAGCUAAUAAGUACACUGGAGAGACUGGACUUUACAGAGGGUCAUCUAUCCAGCUUCCGACGAAAGGUUAGAGCGGAAGCUCAGAGGAGGAUUGAAGCGCAGGAGGAGUUGGGAGAGGUUGGUGAUAAGGGUGUAGAAGAAACCGAGUCAGAUGACACGCCAAUUGGCGACUUGGACACGAGAGGACCUGCUCCAACGUCUGGAUGA